UUCCCGAGCAGAAGGGGUGUAAAACGAUUCUCUCCACGAAUCCGGUCUGUAGAAUUCAGAUCAGUUGAAGGUGGUGUUAGCCGAUUAACAUACCCGUCGUCCCGCUGCAAAUUCCGUUUGGGCCUUCUAGUCCACCGCGUUAAACAACUUCAAAUCGUCAAAUGUUCGAGGCCAACACUUCACUGAGGUGCGAUUGGUUCCCUUCCAAAACAACCGGAUCUUCUCGUGCUGUGGAAGUAAGCUGGAGAUAAUCUUGCCCGCUUAUCAGACACCCUGCGGGUAGUUUGAUUUAGAAACGAAAAGUAAAAAGUGGCAACGGUUUAAUCUUCGACGUUCGUUAAUCAUUCACCAACCCCGUUAAUCAUUCAAACGACUCGUUACGUAAGAUACUCCAAAUACGAUCGUUUGCUGAUCCCCAUUUCUUUGAGGAAUUCGACCACGAUGGAUUCCAUCGCCGUUGCGCUGCAACCGUACAAGGAUACGGUCGGAUUGACGGCGGCCAUCGUAACGGUGGUGCAGUUCUUCAGUGGAGUGUUGGCCUUGAACGAAAUUCGACGCCAGGGUAACACCAAGGGCUUUUCCGUGUUGCCCUUCCUUGGUUGCACCGUGUUCUGCCUGUUGAACAUUCAGUUUGGCCAGAUGCUGCGGGACGACGGUAUGAUUCGUGUAAACUUUAUCGGACUGGCGCUGAAUCUGCUGUACGUGUGUGGGUUCUAUCUGUACACGGACGGACCGCGGAAGACGGCUGUUUGGGGUCAGAUUGGGUUGGCCGGUGCGUUUACCGCUGGCGUCCUGUCGUACGUGCAGUACGAAGAUCCGAAGCUGGUCGAAUUCCGGUUCGGUGUCAUUCUGACCGGAUUGCUGUGGAGUUUAGUCGGUAUGCCGCUGCUGGGAUUGAGUGACAUUCUGAAGAACAAAAGCACGGAAGGGCUUCCAUUCCCGAUCAUCUUUCUCGGUGCAGUUGUUUCCUUCUGCUGGCUACUGUACGGUAUCAUUCUGCGCAGCAACUUCCUAGUGGUACAAAAUUUGAUGGCGCUUGCGCUGAGUGCGGUACAGCUGUCGCUGUUUAUCAUCUUCCCAUCGGGUGCAGUCAAACCUCCGCCAAGUCCGGCCAAAAAGCGCAACUAAAGCAAAUGACUAAGCUACAACGAAAGCUGAACGGACGACAAUAAUUCCAUGCUCAAACAAUACGUGAUGUUGGUUGGUACAAGAAGACACACGAAGACAAUAAUAACUUUCGAAUUAAAUCUGCAUCUAGUAUGAAUCUUAAAAUUAGAAUCUAAAUUUAAUGACAAUAAGCAGACGGAUUAGUGUUUACGAGAAUGUUUAUACGUGGAAAAGGAAACUAUUGUUAGAUUUAAUUGCCUGUUAACUACUCUUUUCCAUCGAAAUGUAAGCAACUGUUCCAUGCUAGUUGAAGCUAUUUUGAAACUAAAUAAAAGUCUAACAAUUCCAUCUUUAUAUUAA